ACCAAGAUGUCAGCAGUGGUUUUGCUCAUUUUACUGGUACUCGAAGGAUUCUCUUCCAUUUCAGCCAUUCGCAUUAAAGGAAACUCAUCCGAAGAAGGGAUUUUCGAAAAUCAACGGAUCGUUGGGGGUCAGGUGGCUGACGAUGGUUUUGCCCCGUAUCAAAUAUCGCUGCAAGGCAUCUCCGGCGCCCAUUCCUGUGGCGGUGCCAUCAUUUCCGAGCGAUGGGUCCUGACGGCAGCCCAUUGCGUGGUCAGUGCCAACAUCCAAUGGCUGGUGGUCGUCACGGGCACCAAUAAGUAUAACCAACCCGGAGGCAGGUAUUUGCUUAAAGCCAUCCACAUCCACUGCAACUACGAUACUCCCAAGAUGCACAAUGACAUCGCCCUGCUGCAAUUGAUUGAGCCGAUUGGGUGGAACGAACGCACCCAGCCGAUUCCACUGCCCCUGGUUCCCAUGCAGCCGGGUGACGAGGUGAUCCUCACCGGCUGGGGAUCCACGGUCCUCUGGGGCGCCAGUCCCAUCGAUCUGCAGGUUCUUCACCUUCAGUACGUGCCGCAUCGGGAGUGCAAGAUCUUGCUCAGCGGCGACGAGGACUGCGAUGUUGGCCACCCUCUGCGACAGGGAGAGGGUGCCUGCCACGGAGACUCCGGCGGACCCCUGAUCAGCAAUGGCUACCUCGUGGGACUGGUCAACUGGGGAUGGCCCUGCGCCACUGGAGUUCCGGACGUCCAUGCCAGUGUGUAUUUCUAUCGGAGUUGGAUACGCGAUGUCAUGAGUGGCAAUGCCAAAUGCACUGGCUUCGGCUCUAACCAGACCUAAAGGUUCCGUAUUCUGCGGCUAUCGAUGUCCAUAAAGCAGACCCGUUUAUAAGGCCUCGAUAAAAUAGCCCUCGAUAAGAGUUGGCUAAUGAAUAAAUUUUUGAUAGCGA